UUAGUCGCAAUGUUCGGAUUCCAAAGUGAACUACUCGCAAAGCGAAGUCUCCUGUUGCUGUUGUUGGGUUGUGUGCAGCUGAGUCGGGCACAAAAUGCCAGCACAGUGGUGUGGGAGCCAUCUAAUGGGAAUACCAGUAAACGUGAGGUGAGCAGCAGCAGCAAUGGACUGGAUUAUGCUGGCACUAACAUUGCCAAAAGCUAUGAUCCUCCGCCGGAAUUCUAUAGAGGACCAGGCUCAAGUUCCGGCUCCGUUUCCGGUAGCUACGUUGGUUCUACAGGCGCUGGCAUCGGUGGCAUCAGUGGCAUCGGCGGCAGUGGAGGCACACAGCUGGGCAGUGUGGGUGAGAGUCUCAGUGAGACGUACAACAAGUGGCGCCAUGGAGCUGGCUCCCAACAACGCAUCAGUGUGGGUCACUAUGGUGGCGGAAUAGGUGGUGGAGUUGCCGCCCAUGUUCCCAGUACACAUGGAGCUGCUGGCUACGCCUACGAAGGACAUCCCUAUGAGUAUGCGGGUGGCAACCACCAUGGCGGCUACUAUGGCGGCAAUAGUGCUGAAGCUGGCAUACCCUUUGAUGUCUAUGGCGCACGUCCAUCUCAUGGUUCACAUCAUGCGCAUUAUGGCCAUACGGGCGGAGAGUACGCGUAUCUAGAGCCACAUGAUGUUGCCUCACAUAAGGGACCACCAGAGUUGUCGCAUAAGGCGCUACUUGCCAAGAGUUUCCUCAUUCCGUUGGCCAGUGCCGCCGUCUUGGGCAUCGCUGCAGCCCUGGUCAGUAAUCCUCUCCUGCUCCAGCUGGGCACGGUCUCUGGUGUGGGCGGUGGAUUGGGUCCCGUUGUGGGCAAGCGUAAGAGACGUGCGCUGCGACGCGCCUAUGCAGCACAUAAUUAGUGAUUAUAAAUAUUUCAAAUUCAUUCAAAAAUUUCCAACUGCUUACCAAAUAAAACUAACGAAAUUAUUACUCUCAAA